AUGUCCAGAAAUCGGUGGCUUGCGCGAUGGUGGAUGUUUGCGGCCCACCAUCUUCUGCAUUUCUCCUCGUCGGGGCCUGUAGCUCGUGUCUCUGGUGUUUGCUGCGCAGCCUAUCAAGCGCUGGAGACUGAGCCCGAAGCACGCCUAAGCUUUCGCUUCUCCGCAAAUGGAGCGCCUGCCCAGCAUCCUGGAGCUGAGGUCCUGGACAUCUGGAGUAAUCCUGGAGCGUCGCCACGGUCUGGUACCAUGGUCUGGUACCAUGGUCCGGCCGUUUCCAUCGUUUGGAUCCGCACCGUCUAUGGGCAUGCGAACACGGUCGAGAUCAUCUCCAGGCGAUCCUUCAGCCCCCUUGCGUUGUGUGCUCGUCAGCCUGUGACUGCCAGAAACGAGAACAUGUUUUUUGCUCUGGCUUGGUCAUGCUGCCCAGCCAAUGCAACCAAGUCUCAGAUACGGCCGGGCUCGCCUUUGGAUGGCUGGUCCACCCACGAGGUUUGGCAUGUUCAUGUGGACUGUGUGGGCGGCAUUGAGAUGGCCUAG